AAAAGAUCAAGCAACGAAAAGCAAUCACGACUACACAUUUCCGCGCGCGAUGACCAAAUGAUUCACUCUCUGGAAUUAUUCAAUUGGAUUUAGCUUUACUUACACAAGGACAGCGUGCCUCUCCAAAUGGCGAAGUGUAUAGGCAUUUAAGCUUUUUAUCUCCACACGGCUAUUAGUUGGAUUUUAAAUGCGAGAUAACUUGAAUCAAUGAUAGAAUAAUCCUUUUGUGCUUUAACUGAAAUGACAUUGUCAUCGUGUGCGGAUCUCCCAAAGGACAGCACAAAGCUAACAUUGAACUGCCGAAGCGUUUAUAGGCUAAGGCCUAUACUUUGGCGGGGAUUCCAUGGGCUAUGCCCUCGGGAUGUAAAUCAGUGCAAGGGGAACGAACUAUAGAAAGGAAUUGGAAAAAAAUCAUCUCAAUAUGGAUCAAAAGAAGACUGUCUGUUUGGCUGUGACUUGGCGGAGGAGCCCACGAACGUGCUGUGAUCAUCGGACAACGAGCUGUGCAUCUCCAGAUAUAAAUCAAUCCUCGGAUGGUAUUCCGAUCAGCGGCUCUGGGACGUCACUAUCUAUAGCUACUGACGGUCAAUACAUCCUGAAAGACAACGCACAUGGAUACAGCAAACAUGACAGCGAGUUCGUUUUUCGUGCUUCUUUUUGAAGCGGUAGUGACUUGAAAUGGCAGCUGCUGAGACUUUGGCACCUGUGAAAUCAAAAGAUCCUAAGUUUAGUAGCUCUUCCAAGGGGAGUGUGUCUUCCCUUGGACGAGAGGACACGUUUCCUGUGGACAAACCUGCAGAAAAGGAGAGCACGUUCACGGUUGAUUCAACGGAGAAGACGAAGGAGAAAACUAAAGUUCUUGAAGAACGCAGACGUUCUCAGUUCAACAGUAAUUUAGCAGACGACAGUAAAAAUAUUCAAUCAAAAAUGGCAAAAGGAAAGGAUAAGGACAAGGGUAAGAAAGGCAAAGAUGGCGACAAAAAAGGAAGUGACGCACAGAAACCUGGAUCUGCUGGGAAAGAUCCGCCAAAGGAUAAUAGCUCAAAGGAUAAUGGUAAAGAUAAACAAGACGUUAAAAAGACAAAUAGUGAAAAUGAAAAACCUGACGCUUCAACCGCGGGCGAUUCAGAAAAGCAAACAGACUCUAAAACAAAUGACGAUACUCCGCCUGAAAACAAAGGUGAGAAAGAUGAUCCGGCAAAGAAACCUGACGCUGGUGACGAUCAAGGAUCGGCAAUGGGCAACACGGCCUCAACAGAAGACGAUAAAAAACAAAUGUCUUCAUCGCAGGUAUCAUUGGGUAGCAAAUCACGCCGGAACUCUUUUCUAAAUGCCAAGCAUGUUACGAGCGUUUCGUUGAAGAAGGACGCUAAUGACGCAGACGGGUCGAGGCGAGGCAGUGCGGUGUCCGGCAAAGAUGGUAAAGAUAAUCCAGAUAGUCAUAAAGAUGAUGAAGGAGAGAAACCGGCCGAAACUGAUACCAAGGAGCCAGAUACGGUCAUAGAGUCACCAAAAGGUGGUCCGACGUUGGAUGAGGAUAAAGGGGAAGAAAAGGCUGCUGAUGAACCAAAACCGGAGGAAAAAGAAAGAACUGAUGCAGAUAGCGAUAGGAAAGGAAAAGCUGGCAAUGGUGAUAAAAAUAGUGAUGAAAACAAAACGAAUACUGAGGAUUCUGAUAAGAAAGACGAAAAGGACGUAGGUGAUGGUGAUAAGAAAGAACCAGAGAAGAGUGCAAGUCCCGAAGUGUCCUCUGAAAAGCAGAAGGAAACAGGGGAGGAAGUGAAAGAAGAGGUGAAGGGUGAUCCUAAAGCACCGGUAAUAACUAAGGAGAAAGAAGAGGAGAAACCACCAACCCCAAAACCGAAGACUCCGGCACCAGAACCAAAACAAGAGCCUAAACCUGAGAAAGAGGAAACGAAAAAGAAGGACGAAAAUGAUGAUAAGCCGAAUGUCGCAAAGGAAAAGAAAGAGGAAUCUGAUAGAACUCGGGAGAAGGAUCGGGAGGCCGAGAAAUCGUCAGAGAGAGCACAAGAAAAGGAACCAGAAGCCCCAUCAAAAGAUACAACCAGAGAAGCAGAUGGCACUAAGCCGGAUAGUUUUGAAAAUAAUGGGAAUGCUGAAGAAGAUGGCAAGGACGUCGAAAAGGAACGAACGAGGACAAUGGAGGAUGACAAUGCUGAUCGAACAGAUGGUGCGCCUCACGAAUCAAAUAGUGAUGAUCAGGUUGAUAAUGCACAGAGUAGAGAAAAUACUGAUAUUGAAGGAGUGGAGGAGUCUGAUGGUGAAGAAGAGGAUCGAAGGAAAGAACUUGCAGAGGACGAGAAAGUGAGGGAGCCAACUCCACGGAAGCGACCGACGCCAACUCCAAGGACUCCGAAAUCAAAAGAAAGGAAUGUCCCAAAUCACCCAAGUUCUCGGCCUACACAGAGAGAACCAAGCGAACCGAUAAUGAGAGAAAGGACUCCUGCCAGGGAACCUCCAAGGCAUGGGAGGGGUAAAGACUAUCCAGGCAAGCCUACUCGCGUUGAAAACCCUCCGAGGAAGGGACCAAAUAAAAAUACACCAAGAGAAGAAAAUGAACCUCCGCCGGAUAACACAAAGUAUAAGCCAAAUAGGAAAAUAAGUGACAUGUCCGACUCUGAUACGAAUCAGGGUAGGAGCAACCGUGGGGGUAAUUGGGGAGAAAGGGGUGCCAAUAAGCCGUUUGGAAGAAGUUCGCAAAUGGGUCCAGCUAAGAAGCGUCAAAGCUAUUCCGAUGAUCCCAACAGUGACUUGGAAAUGCGAACACCGCGUUCAAAACCUAAGCGGGGUCCGCAACCGUAUACUACUGGUAACAGCCCCAGGUACGAAGGAUCUAAGGCCAGUCCAAGGUAUGAGAAAAGUCCACGGUAUGAAGUGCCUAAAAAAAGUCCGCGUUAUAAACCGCAGUCGCCAGAACUAGAGGACAGUGAUUCUAGUGAUCCCUUUUUGAAAUUUGAUCGGAACUCUGAAAACCUGGCUGACCUUGAAAAGGACACUAUGAAUGUUCUGGAAGUUAUUCGGAACAUGCAGGAUGAGAAUAGGCGAGCAAUGUCUGAGAAUUCAAAAUUGCGGGAGAAAAAUAUCAAACUACAUCAGACUGUUGGUGAACUGAGGGGGGAAAUGGAUGAGUUGUACGAGGAGAAAGAGGAUGCUCAGAGACGUUUAGCGGAGGAGGGUAAAAAGGAAAACUACGUCAGGAAACUUGAGAAGGAUAUGAUGAAUGCGGAACACGACAGGCAGAAGUACUUGGCUAAGAUCCAGGUUUUGGAGGAUGAAUCGAGGAAACAACAAAGGAGAAUCGCGGAUAAAGAUACUGAGAUAUCUGUUGCUAUUGGUGAAUUGCAGCAACUGCAGCGAGAGAAUGAGAAGCUGUUGAGAGAACGGGUGGCGCUGUCCUCGCGAAGUCCUCGUCAGCAGCGGCAUCGCGUUGCUGUGACUGAGGUCAGCGAUGCCGGGACUCAAACAUUCCACAGUGAAAUGGAUACUGAUGGGGAUGUGGGAAUGGCCGAUAUUCUGAAGCAGGAGGUAAAGUCUUUGAAAGAUUACAAUUCACACUUACAAAAAUCACUACGAGAGGAAAUGUCAAGGCGGGAAUUGGUGCAGAGUCUUCUUGAUGACGUCAUGACCACGAAUGAGGGAUUUCGGAAACACGUGGUCAAAAUUGCGGAUAGUAACAGUGAAGUGGAUUCACUGACCACACAGUUGCGUGAGAUGGAGGUAUCACAGCGCAAAAUGAUGACGGAGAACACACAAUUGAAGGCGUCCUUGACUUUGUUAGAAGCUCAGAAACAGAAGGACGACGCUAUUGAGGAAAUUCUCACAGGGCGUUCGUCAAUGCGGGACAGGAGUUUAGAGAAACGCUUGGAGGAAAUGGAACAAAAACUGCGCCUUUCUGAGCACCGUGUGGUCGACCUUGAGGGGUAUUUAGAUCAGAUUUACAACAAUGACGAUGUGAAAAUCGUGAUAAGGUCAGAUCAAAGGUCAAAUGUUACAGACACCAGUCUUCCCAAUGGUCUUCCUGCCCUCAUGCCCAGUGUUUAUCCGGACAGAAGUCAACCUUCAGCGUUCACAAAAGUAGACUUGAACGCAUACAACAGCUAUGCGCGCCUGGCUAAGAACAAGACUAGAUUUACCAAGCGAUUUUAGAAACUUGCCUAUGGCUUGUGCUUUGCAAGUUGAAUCUGUUAAAAUACGUCACUUAGGUAAUGUAUGAUGCGCGGUAUGAGAGUCUCUGUAUAUAAGUAUCUGUUUCUUGGAUGGAUUACUAAAAUACCUUUUUGGCAGGCAGUAUGGUAUAGAGUGGGUUUUGUCCGAAAUAAUCUGGUGCCAUAAUUGGUAUAGGAGAAACUAUGAUCAGUAUCACCAGUGUCUUUGAUAUUUCAGUUAAAUUCAAACUUGGACGCAGUUGCAUGCGGGUAGCAAUGCGUUUCUUUAGGGUAUGCAAUGGAAGUAUUUCAGGCACCAGCCUGACUGGUGGUUUUUGUAUUGAAUGAUUAACGUACAGGACCGCCGUAAUCUCUGCAGUGAUUGGAGUCGGGCGUUGCUUAGAAACCACCAAGCAAUAAUGUAAAGUAUCACAUUCUCAGCAUUAUACGGCGAAGGAAACUAAAAUGACACUGAAGUAUAGAUUAUUCAAAGCUGGUUCCGUCUCUGUUGCGGUGUCUAUGACAGGAAUAGCGUAUUAGAUGCAUUAGAACAUAUACAUGUAGGAAUAGCCGUGAUUUCUAGGGCCCCGGCGGGUUCUAGGGACAUUAAUCAUGAACCGAACUGAAAUAUAGCAUCCCCGCAUCACUAUAGAGGGCUGCACGGUGCGUCAACGCGGGAUCUGGCAAAAAUCGUGACUUUUCUCCCAGAUUCCAGACAAUACCACUGUCUCAUCUGGUUGGUCUCAAGCUAUAUAGGCCUACCCGUUCUGCAUAUAAGAAAAGGACAGUAUUCAGAGACACUGUGAUAAUUCUCGUAAAACUGGAGGUUCUUUGGUACUUUGCGUGCUACUGCAUGGGAUAAAAUCUGUAGGCCGAAUCAGAGUGUGCGUUAUUGAAAUGAAUACGAAUAAAAUGCAAUGAUGCACAGAUCCUGGCUAUGGUGCUACGUAGCAUAUUACUGUGAUAAUAAUAACCAGUCUCUGCAAGAAUGAUCAUUAUUUGGAACAUAAAUGUACUUGACCGCCUCGAUCAGGAAUGUCAGUCUUCAACUGUUUCAUCAGCUUCGAUUCAUGAUUAUAUAGAUAAGACCAGAAAUCAAGUAUCAAUAGUGUUACAACAAUGUAGGUCAUUCAUUUUCAUAGUAAAACAAGCGGAAUUUAUACGAAAUAAAGUUUUAUUGUUAAUAAUGCUCAA